AUGUACGCAAAGUCGCUUCUCGCUCUCGUUCCUUUCUUCACGACCUCGGUCGUUGCGGCGCCAAAGCAUCAGCGGGAUGCGGCUUCGGAUCUCCUGGCCUGCGCCAAGAAGGUUCUACCUGCUGCUAACAUCGUUUCUCCCUCGGAUGCAUCCUACACUACUGCCCGCACUGGUGUUAUCCUGUUGAACGAGGGCCAAUUCCCUGCGUUGGUCACAUACCCCACCCAGCAGAGCCAGGUCGGUCCUCUCGUCAAGUGCGCCGUCAAGAAUGGCUUCAAGGUCUCUCCCCGCACGGGAGCUCACCACUUCGAGAACUGGUCUGCCCUGAACGGCUCCCUCGUCAUCGACAUCGAGAACAUCUCCUACGUUCUCCCAGCCAAGGACCUGAAGAGUGCCACCGUAGGCGGCGGCGCUCGUCUCGGUGCCCUCUACUCCAUCCUUGAGGGCUACGGCAUCACCUUCACAGCCGGUAUCUGCGCCUCCGUUGGCAUCGGUGGCUACCUUGGAGUUGGCGGCUACAACAUGCAGAUGCGCACGCACGGCUUCGCUGUCGACCACGUCAAGUCCGCCAAAGUCAUCACUGCUGCUGGUGACCUCGUCACCAUCUCCCCCACCUCCAACCCAGAGCUCUGGUGGGCCGCCCGCGGCGGCGGAACUUUUGGCAUCGUCGUUGAAGCCGUGCUCGAGACCGCCGUCCUCCCCCGCUCCGCCAUGUUCGUUGCAAACUUCAAUAACGCCACCACACGCUUCGAGGCCCUGAAGAAGUACAACGCGUGGGCCCCCAAGCAGGACCCGAACUUUGAAUCUCAGUUCAACUUCUACAGCGACCGCACGCAGAUCUUGGGCUGGUAUCUGGGCAAGAAUAAGGCGCAGCUUGAAGCCAUCCUCGCCAGCUCUGGUCUUUCGUCUAUCCCGAACGCCGAGAUCAAAGUCACAGGCAACUGCAGCACGGCCAACUCCCGCAACUUCUGGACCUACACCCAGGACGAGUGCACAGACGAUGCUACAGCUAACGCCGCCUUCUACGGUCAGUACAACGUCGCGCCCGACGCUUUGACCCCUCUCCCCGGCCAGGUCGCCGUCUCCGCGAUCAGCAGCCAGCAGGCGGUGCCCUCGAUCCCGCGGGCGGCGCUAUGGCAGCGCGGCAACAUCUACACGAAGACGUUUGUGGAGACAAAGGACCGCCUACUCGGCGAUGCUGAUCUCCAGUGGAUCGUUGACAACACGGCGAACCUGCCCAGCGGCAUGGGCUUCUGGAUCGAAGUCACGACCUUCAACGUGUCCACGCCUGCGUCCGACUCGGCGUUCCCGUGGUCCGACAAGGCGAAGACGCUGUGGCGCAUGCAGGUCGAGAACGUCGAACCGUACAAGGCUCAGAGCAAGGCGCUGGCCGCGCUGUUUGAGGCGCAGUUCCGUCCACGCGUUGGUCCGUACACCUACGCCGGCUACAUCGACCAAGCCAUCACCGGUGACAUCGUAACGGCCAACUACGGGCCCAACGUGUGCCGCCUCGUCAAGGCGCGCCAGAAGUUCGAUCCCAACUUUGUCUUCUACAACCCAGGUGCUGUACCGCCGAAAGCCAAGGCCAGCUGGAAGUGCUAG